AUGGCGACAAUGCACAACGUCUUCAAGUCUCCCUUCUUCCAGUUCGAGUACCUGCGCCUCCUCGCCAUGGCCCCGAUGGAGGGUGCCGAGAUUGGCGAGGCCCUCGAGGCCGCAGGCAAGAUUAAGGAUCUCGACCCAGAGAGCUGGUACAAGGCCUUCAUGGAGCAGGGCGACAACGCAGAGAAGAUUGCCAAAGAGGCUGAACACUCGGGUGACCGAGUCAGUGCUCGCAAGGCGUACCUGCGGUCCUCCAACUACAUCCGCGCCGCGCAGUUCAUGCUCAACGAGGGCGCGAUUGGCGCCGACACUCGUGUCCUGCCCACGAUUGAGCGUGCCAUCCGCAACUUCCGCAAGGGCGUGCAGUACCGCGAUGGCAAGACGUUCUUCCUCGACAUCCCCUACGAGAAUGGGGUCAAGCUACCGGGAUAUCUCUACUUGCCACACGAGUCGAAGCGUAUCCCAGGAACCUCCAAGAUCCCCCUUCUCAUCAACUGCGGUGGUGGUGACUCCACGCAGGAGGAAAUCUACUUUGUCAACCCGUACUUCGGCCCCGAAGUCGGCUAUGCGGUCCUCACGUUUGAGGGGCCGGGUCAGGGUAUUGUGCUCCGCCACGACAAGCUGCCCAUGCGACACGACUGGGAGGCUGUCACGAGCAAGGUCCUCGACCACCUGUUCGACUUUGUCUCGUUCCAUCCAGAGCUGGACCUCGACUUGUCGCGCAUUGCGGUGACCGGCGCCAGUAUGGGUGGCUACUUUGCCCUGCGAGCAGCGGCAGACCCCCGCAUCACCGCGUGCCUGUCCAUCGACAGCUUCUACAGCCUCGAGGCCUACGCGUCGGGCCGCAUGCCAGCCCCGCUAUGGAAGGGCUUCUCGAGCGGCUGGCUCAGCGACGGCAUGUUCAACUUUAUCCUGCGGACCCUGCAGCGGCUCGACUUCCAGGCACGCUGGGAAUUCAAUCACCUCAAGUGGGUCACCGCGUCGGCUACCGAGGCCGACAUCAUGUACCGCAUGCGCGACUACACCUUCCUUAACAAGGACGGCUCCGAGUACCUCGCCGGCAUCAAGUGCCCGACGCUCGUCACGGGCGCGGGCGCCAGCUUCUACUUCGACCCGGCAACCACGACGGACAAGCUGUACGCAUCGCUGACGAGCCUCGAGCCGGGCGUGGAGAAGGAGAUAUGGAUCGCCACCGACAUCGCCACGGGAGGGCUGCAGGCCAAGAUCGCCGCGUUCCAGUACUCGGCGCAGCGCACGUUUGCGUGGCUGGACAAGGUGUGGGGGAUCAAGCGGGCGCCCUUGUCUGCCAGCGGGGAGAUCAAGCAGACCAAUGGUCACGCUUGAUUGCGUGGCGACUGGGUGUGUGACGAAAGAUUAGUGGUAAAGCACGUAGUGAAUGUUGC